CUCGCUCACUGUAUUUGGGGAAAUUAUGGAUCGUCACACUCCCAUGCAUGCUUUGCCUGAAGAAAUCCAGAAGAUGUUGCCUGAAGACAAAGUUUGUAAGUACUGUGGAGUCAGCUAUCUAAUUCUUCAUGAAUUUAAGGCCAUGGAAGAAAAAGUGAAAGCAAUGGAAAAAGAAAUGAAAUUUUAUCAAGGAAGUGUAGAACGUGAAAAGAGACUUCAAGAAAAAAUUAAGUCUCUUAGCCAAGAUCUUGAACAGUACAAAAUUGACAACAAAUCCAAAACAGAAAGAAUUUAUGAUGUAGGCAUGCAGUUAAAAAGUCAACAAAAUGAAUUUCAGAAAGUAAAGAAGCAACUGACUCAUUUACAAGAUGAAUUAAAAAUUAAAUAUAGACAAUCAGACAUCUUCAGUCAAAGAUUGUCAGAGUACAAAUAUUUCUGGAAUAAGACUCUUUCAUUACUUACUUUUACUAAAAGGGAGCUAAUCCAUAUUAAAAAUGAAGUGUAUGAUAAUUACCAAAACUGGACUUCACUGAAAGGAGAAAUUUUUCUGCAAAUUAAAUCUAUGAGUGAAACAGCCUUGACAGAAAUAGACAUACUGAAUAAAAGUUUGACCGUAUCCCAGAGAAAUAAUGUAUGCCUUGAAAAGGAAAUGAAAAAUCUGAAAUUGUUGUCAGAUGCAGCCAUAUUGAGGUCUCAGCAGAUUCAGACAUCUAGACAACAGGAAGUAAACUUGCAAACCAGAUGCUAUGAUUUGCAAAAAGAAGUACUAGAUUUACAAUGUCUAGUAGAGGCACUUGGGUUAAAACUUCAGAAGGCGGUGACAGAGAUGGACAACUAUAAAGAAAUGCUUAUGAAUAAAUCUAAUGAAGCUGAUGACUGUCAAAGAGAACUGAGAAAACUGAAGUUUGAAUCCAUUAUUUCUGAGUCACACCUUACAAUGCUGCUUAAAGAAAAAGAAGACUCUUUAAUGACUUGUCAACAAAUAUAUAAAACAUUACAGGAAGAGCUGACUGCAAAAGAAAAGCAAGAAGAAGACAUAAAGAGAAGAAUUAACCUUGCAGAAAAUGAACUGGAGAUAACCAAAACUCUUCUGAAUCAGACAAGGGAAGAGGUUUUAACACUGAAAAAUGAAAGGGAAUUGAUGCUGAUUUCACAUCAGAAAAGCAUUGAGCAGCUGCAGGAAACCCUUAGACAGAAGCUGCUGAGUGAUGAUAACUGGAAGGAGAAGAUUGAAGCAGAACUUGCCAAGGAAAGGGCCCAGCACUUGGUUGAAUUUGAAGAGCAAGCUCUUCUCUUUAAGGAAGAAGCAAAACUGAAACUUGAUAUUGAAAAAGAAAAACAUCAAGAUAUAAUCCAAAAGUAUAAGAAAGAACAAGAGGAAUUACAAAUGAAGAUAUCUGACUUAAUCACAGGCGCUACAAGAGAUCUAAGGCAGGAAGUGACCGCUCUUCAAGAAAAACUUCAUGAGUCCCAUAUUCAGUACACUGAAGAAUCUGAGUCAAAGGAAAAAGAAAUUGAAAACCUGAAAAAUUUGGUUGCAGAAUUUGAAUCUCGCUUGAAGAAGGAAAUUGAUAGUAAUGAUUCAGUUUCAGAAGACUUGAGGAAGGAAAUGAAACAGAAGUCAGAUGAACUGGAAAGAGUAAUGCUGGCUCAAACACAACUGAUAGAGCAAUUUAACCAGUCCCAGGAAGAGAAUACUUUUCUUCAGGAGACAGUGCGUAGAGAAUGUGAAGAACGCUUUGAACUGACAGAGGCUUUGAGUCAAGCCAGAGAACAGCUCCUGGAGCUCAGAAAGCUUUGUGGAAGUUUAUCAUUCUCACCGUGUUCCCUCAGCAAGGGCAGCCUAACCUCCCCUCCUGCAGCGGUCAGUAAUCAUGGAGAGGGAAGCCUUGCAAGACUGAACUCUGAAAAAGGAAUCAAAAUUCCCAGCCUUCACGGAGUAUCAAAACCCACCUCUUUCCCAACCUCAGAUAAGGCCAAGAGGGUUAGCAGCUCAGGCUUGCCCCUGCUCGCCCAGCCACAUCCGCCCAGGGGUGGAGCAUCUUCAGCAAAUGAGACCAGACAGAGACAGAGACUGGCUGCCAUUCUUAGGAGGAGGCGGAGUCAGCAAUGAUCCAAAGUGAGGGGCCGCUCCCCACACCGUACAUGCUCUUUCAGAGUGCCAGGAACUCACUGUAACUGAGAAUGACAAAUAUAAAAUUAUUUUCACAGAUCAGGAAGGCAUAUCUGUAGAUAUAUUUAACAAAAGACUGUAAAAAGCUGGAAAAUUGUGAAGCCAUAUUUUUCAAGAGGGCUUUGAAAGAGUAACAGAUCGUUUAGUUGUUGGUAUUUCAGAGGUCCGAUUUCUAUAUUUAUGUUGCAAUGUGCUCUAUAAAUAUAGCCUUUUAGAGAUCACAGAUAAAAUUUUUUCACCCAUAACAUCUUUUUUUAUUUUUUGCACCACUACAAGCAGAUAUAUUUGCAGAAAAAAUAGAUUGUUUGAGUUUUGUUGGUAUGUGUUUGUUUGUUGAGCUGAAUCGAUUAAAUAGAUGUAAUAAGUAUUCCAAACAGAAAAAAAAGUACUUUAUCUGAUUAAGAUUAUAAUUUCCAAAAUGCCUACUUCAAGUAGUUGCAAAGCUCACCAUCAUAAUCAAAAGCUUCUUUUCUUCACAAUCUAAUUGGUUAAUCUGAUUUCUCUUUAGGCUAGUUCAGAGUUAAUAGAUAACCUUUAGGAAGACAGUCUUCUCUCAGUGGCUGGGGAACUUCUAGAAAAAGAGAUGGUAAUGUCAAUUCAAGGAAAUUGUAGUAUAUUUCUCAAAUUAUAUAGAUUAUUUUAGUAAACAAAGAACCUGACCAUAUUGAUAGAUAUUUUCUACAAUGAGUGCUUUUUGGUACGCAAAGUUAGGUCUUGAUUUGAACCUGUAUUCUUGAACCAUUGGGAAAAGAACUAAUUCAAUACAGUUUAAUAAAGUUAUACAGAACUAAUUUGGGAUUCAAAUUUGAUUACACCUGAAAAUGGGUAACUGGUUAACAUGUUUUCUAUUUUCAGAGUGAAAAAGUAAAACCAGAAGCCAGAUCAGCUGUUUUAUCUUAAA